UUCAUUGGUACGCUUGCUGCAUGUUAUGGAGCCAUUGAACGUUGCACAAUUUAAAAGACCAACCGUAAAUAUCACUUGUGUACUUUACCGAUUGAAAUACAAAAAUACCGGCGGAAAUACAAAAAUCUCUUUAUAAACAGUACGAGUCACUACGUAGGACAAAUUGCGUGUUACUUCCUUCUUAGCAAUUUCUUAUUAAUAGAUAUUAUCCGAUGUCGAUUUCGAAGCCGAAUUUUCAAAUAUAAACGUCACAAUUCUAACAUGUAUCUCGUCCAUUUUAUAUUUUACAUUUUUUAUAUUUAUUUUAAUAUUUCAUCUCGUAAGAUCUGAUAAUAUACCAUUUUUUUUUUAUCAUUUUUUCUUUAUCUUUGUUAAAAAAAAAGAAAAUAUCCGAUACUACCGUAUUAUUUUUUCUAUCACGUUUUCUUAUCUUCAUAAAAAAAAGGAAGAAAAAACGAAAAGAUAAAAUAUAUCUUCUAACGUAGAACAAUUACUCGAAUAAUCUCGUAAAAAAAAUUUUCCUUUUCAGCAAGUUUUUGAUCGUAAUAAAUUUUAACGACGAUUACGACAUGAAAGAGAGGAUCAAACUACGCGUAUGUCACACGUAAUACAUAUGAACGUACAAACAUCAUAUACACACGCACGCAAGACGCAUCAUACACGCAUAUACAGUAAGCACGCACAGCUGGAAAUUCAAAUCUCCUUAAGGAUAGGCAACCCAAUCGGCGAGCAGGUAGUGAAGGAUAACGAGACACAUAGGUGAAGAACAAUGUCACAGGUGCGUAGAAUCGGUCCGUUAAUGAAAAUCACCGAGGUCGAAGAGAAUUCUCCGGAAAAGGUUCAGGAUGUGUCACUGCAGAUAGUUUCGCCGGUAUCUAGCAUGAUUCGUGAUUUCGAUAAGUCUACGAUAUCGUUGAAAGAAUGUAUGGAAAGUGAUACGAACAAUUCAAAUCUGCGUCUGGAUUUGCCCACGGUAGUCUCGCCAAAUGUAGGAAAAGAACAAAGUCUCUUCAAGAAUGUAUUUAGAAUUAGAAGUACACCGGAAAAAGAGGUAGCUCCUAAACCAAAAGCACGAAGAUUAGUGGGCAUGGCGGCACGAAGAUUUGUCGGUCUUGAAACCUUUCCGCCAUCUACCAACAAAGAAAAUGGCACUGUUAACCGUAACGUCAACUCUAGUCCGCAGAAGAUAAAUGGAAGUAAAAAGUCACGCUUCCCUCUGGAGAAUUGCGACUCGAAUAAUCAGGAUAACGAGUAUGGAGCCAAUUUGCACGAGAGAGACGCACGUACAGGAUUUCAAUUCGCUGAGCCUCUUGGGGUACCACCGAGACGUAUGAACGUCGCAGAUGCACGAAGUCCUAUACAGUCACCUAUAAGAUCGUCACCUCGUGGAUUAUUAACGGAUCCAAUGAUCUUUCGUAGUUUGUCAUCGGGAUACGAGAGUAUGGAUGACGAUUUAAACGAUCUUAUGGAUUUGGACGCUUUGGACGAAGCAACGCAUUUACCAAAUGGUCUUACGAGUUUACUUUCUGGUAGCAUCGUUGGAUCGGAAAUAAUGGAAUAUGCUAUAAUAACAACACCGGAGUAUCCUCGUACAAAAGUGAAACGUUCCUUUCGGCGUUCUUUGUCCUUACAAAACGAUCGAAAUAAUCCACAGUCGUCCGUAUCGAAAGUACGUUCUUGUCUAUUUCGUUCGCCCUCGACAACCUGUUCGACUCGCAAACUAGCAUUCGACGAUAAUGCACAAACCCAUCGUAAUCCAUCGUAUCCGAUCGUGGAUUCGCCACCAGCGACGAGAUCGUUUAAACGACCAGAUCCACCAGCCGAACUUAGUCCUCGAUUAGUCAAGAGGUCUAGGAUAUCGGUAGAUUUUCAACGUAUUCCCGAGGACGUCGAAUUGGAGAUUUCGUCUAAACAGACAACGUACGUGACGGAGAUCGAAACGAAGCUAGUCAAAAAAUCACUCAAGUCGUCAAAUUGCUUGGAGAAUAUCUCAGAGAAACAAGUAGAAAUCUGCGAGCCGAUUAAGAAGGAAUCAUUGGAAAAUAGUUUCGGUGAUAGUAAAACACACGCCAUGAUCAAAUCGGCGAUACACCGUAGCGUUACCGAUGCCGAUCUUACCGGUGAUUUUAGUAAACCUUGCAUUUUACCUCUUGCCGAGGGCCGACACGAUGACCUCAAAUCGAUCUCCGUUGAUACCUUGGCAGCUUUGAUGCGUGGUGACUUUGAAGAAUACAUUGAUUCCUUCGUUAUCGUCGAUUGCCGAUAUCCUUACGAAUACGAAGGUGGACACAUCCAAGGAGCACUCAAUCUUUACAGCAAAGAAUUGAUCGAACAACAUUUAAUCGAUCCAUUGACCAACGUACCGGAAAUACAGCCUAACUCCUGCAAGCGCCGUAUUCUCGUAUUUCAUUGUGAAUUUUCUUGGGAACGUGGACCAAAUCUUUCCCGUUUUCUACGUAAUAUCGAUCGUCAACGUAACAAGGAACAUUAUCCUGCUCUU